AUGGCGGAGGAACCAGGUGCCAGCGGAUUGAAAACGGGGAAAAGAAAGAGAAGAGGGGAAAGCGGGCGCAACAACUCCAGUGAAGUUGCUCAAGCUCAACAAAGCGGCUCCAAGCACAGCAGUUUCAUGGCCAGAGCCUCUCAUCAACUUCUUCUUCACCUGCUCCUUUCCCGUGGACGACUUGAGCAGCGCCAGCAGCGGGGACUUCCAACUUACCAAACCGUCACGACCUCACCAAUUUCACCAUCAUUGCUUGCAGAAUCUUCCAAGCAAGAGUCCGGGGAGUCUCCCCAGCAUUUAACGGUUCAGAUUCAGUCCCAGAUGUUUCCUUCUCCUGUGACUUUCUCUGGUAUUCAUGCUAAGUGCACAGCGCAGGAAAGGCAAGUUCUAUGGGCGGACCUUUUAAGAGAUAAGCCGGCCUCGGCACCAUGGUUUCUGGUGGGGGAUUUCAAUGUGAUUAUUAGUGAGAGGGAGAAAAGGGGCGGUUUACCUUUCAGAACUCGGGAGGGAGUGGAUUUCUUGCAGUUCAUGGCGGAGGCGGGGGUAAGUGAUGUUAGUUUCUCGGGCUCGCGUUUUACUUGGUGUAACAAUCGCCCGGGCACAGCACGAAUUUGGAAACGGUUGGAUAGGUUGUUGGUGAAUGGGGCAGCUCUGCAUCUGCAGCACCAGGUUGCUGUACAACAUUUGGGACGUGAUCCGUCGGAUCAUUCGCCAUUGCUAUUGUCGGUGGUUACACGAUUGGAUGACAAGCCCAGGCCUUUUCGAUUCCUGAAUUUCUGGACUAUGCACAAGGGUUUCUUGGAUAUAAUUAGAGAUUGCUAG